AUGGCACGGCCCAAAAUGAAAGUGUACGCUGUGCGUGUCGGUCGGCAGCCUGGUAUCUACAAUACUUGGAAGGAGUGCCAGGAGCAGACUGAUCGGUACCCCGGCGCGCGCUUUCAGUCAUUUACUUGUAUGGAGGAUGCACAGGCCUUUGUUUAUGGUGUGGAAGUGACGAAAUGUAGGCCGUCAAAACCCACCGUUUUGGAAAAACGGAAGCUCCCUCAGUCUCCCACACCUGUGCCUCCAGCCAAGCGCGUGCCGCCCAUGAAAGACACUAUCGUUGACAGAGUGAAACGAGUAUCCGCCAUUCCUAUACACCAUGAUCCAGAACUUGAGUCGUGUAUGGCGGCAUGGGAGGCCAGGCAAAUUGAUGCCUACGUUGAUGUAUACACUGACGGCUCUUCUCUUGGCAAUGGCAGUGGCUCGUCUUCGGCUGGUUAUGGAGUCUACUGGGUAGAUGAGCGUUUCCAUUCUUUAAACCAAGCAUGUCGCCUAGCAGGACCGGUUCAAACGAAUAACAGAGCCGAAUUGACAGCCAUUUUAACGGCGAUUCGCCUUAAUCCAGAGCCAUCCAGGCCGCUCCGUAUUUGGACAGACAGUCAGUACGCCAUCAAAUGCAUUAACGUUUGGAUGCCACGAUGGCGUUCAAAUAAUUGGAAGCGCGGAUACGACGCAGAAGUAAGUAACAAGGACCUGCUCCAAGAGAUCGACAAGGCCAUUGGCAAAUGCGAGAUACGUCCAACCCUAGAGUAUGUCAAGGGUCAUGGUGGUAUCUUUGGUAAUGAAAUGGCGGAUAAACUUGCCAAUGAGGGAGCACGUCUUCCGGUCCUGCCCUAA